GACAUGUAAUCUGAGAGGAGCCCGUGUAUUAUUAGCAGGACUCCUCGCGGACCACUCCAGUCAACCCCAUGUUGCGUUCGCGGCACCAACUAAAGUCGGAAGUUGAGUGGUCUCCACUCAGAAGCUGCGGUAAAGACUUUUACCACUUUUUUUUUUUUUGAAGUUUGAAAUGUGUCCAAGCCGCUUGAAGUAGACGCAAAACGGACCCUUGUGCUGCUAAAGUGGUCGCGGAAGAUUUUUUUAAUCUUUUUUUUAUAAGUGGCCAACAUGGCUUUACUGCACUUGCUGCUGUGCGCGGGGAUGUUGCCGGCGUGCGGAGCCUACUACAGCGGUCCUCUACAACCGGAGAUGUCGAACGGCACCUUCCACCACUACUUCGUGCCGGACGGCGACUACGAGGAGAACGACGACCCGGAAAAAUGUCAGCUGCUGUUCCGCAUGACUGACCACCGGAAGUGCGGUCUGGACUCGGACCAGGACUCGGUCAUCCGCGACGACUUCACCAUCAUCAAGCGGCAAAUCGAGGACUCCGCGCGGGUGCUGGAGGUGGUCGGCAGGAGCGUCUCGUACGACCUGGACGGAGAGGACGGCUACGGGAAGUACCUGCGCCGGGAGACCACGCAGAUCAGCGAGGCGUUCACUAACUCCGAGAAGUCGCUGCUGGAGCUGGAGGUGAAGUUCAAACAGAGCCAGGAAGGCGAGCUGAAGGAGGAGCACCGGCUCGGCGACGACUUCCUCAAGAUGGUCGUCAACACCCGGGACGCCCUGAAGGAGACUUUGGACAUUUCUUUGGGCCUGAAGGACAAACAUGAGCUGCUCUCCCUCAUCGUCCGCAGCCACGGAACACGACUCAGCAGACUGAAGAAUGAAUACAUGAAGUACUGACACAUUAGUCCCUACCUUUUGCUUUACAGGCACACAUUUAUGAGCACAAACCCCAAAUGUGGACUUUCCAAAGGUAAAUAAUCAGUUUUCAGUCACACAUUUUUGAGCACAAACCCCAAAUUUGGCCUUUCCAAAGGUAAAUACUCAGUUUUCAGUCACACAUUUAUGACCACAAACCCCAAAUGUGGACUUUUCAAAGGUAAAUAUUCAGUUUUCAGUCACACAUUUGUGAGCACAAACCCCAAAUUUGGCCUUUCCUAAGGUAAAUACACAGUUUUCAGUAACACAUUUGUGACCACAAACCCCAAAUGUGGACUUUCCAAAGGUAAAUACUCAGUUUUCAAUCACACAUUUAUGACCACAAACUCCAAAUGUGGACUUUUCAAAGGUAAAUAUUCAGUUUGCAGUCACACAGUUAUGAGCACAAACCCCAAAUUUGGCCUUUCCAAAGGUAAAUACUCAAGUUUUCAGUCACACAUUUAUGACCACAAACCCCGAAUUUGGGCUUUAAAAAAGGUAAAUACUCAGUUUUCAGUCACACAUUAAUGACCACAAACCCCGAAUUUGGCCUUUCCAAAGGUAAAUACUCAGUUUUAAAUGACACUAAUAUUGUUUUGGGGUGGAUUGCAGUGCUUUAUUUUGUUAGAUUCUACCCGCGUCCUUCAAGAGUCAGAGGCCAUGUCCAUUUAUUCAAAGAAGGUCACAGAUGGAAAUUACAGCGUUGGUCUCAACUGAUCAUCAGCGUGUUACUGCCGUCAAUAAUUCUUCGUUCUUCCUAUAGUCCGUGCAAAACAAAGUCCAUCUGGUCCAGACAAACAUGGUCAUGGUCAAGUCUUCAUGAAGGCGGGGGCGAGUCCAAGGAAUAUUAGUCCGGGUGGCUUCCGGCUUCCUCCCACCUCCAAAGACAUGCACCUGGGGAUAGGUUGAUUGGCAACACUAAAAUUGGCCCUAGUGUGUGAAUGUGAGUGUGAAUGUUGUCUGUGUUGGCCCUGCGAUGAGGUGGGGACUUGUCCAGGGUGUACCCCGCCUUCCGCCCAAAUGCAGCUGAGAUAGGCUCCAGCACCCCCCGCGACCCCGAAAGGGACAAGCGGUAGAAAAUGGAUGGAUGGAUGGUCUCAAUUGUCAGUGAGCAUCCGUCAAUAAGUCUUGGUUCUUCCUGUAGUCCGUGCAAAACAAAGUCCAUCUGGUCCAGACAAACAUGGUCAUGGUCAAGUCUUCAUGAAGGUGGGGGAGAGUCCAAGGAAUUUUAGUCCGGGUGGCUUUUGCACAACAAGGUCAUCAUAAGGGCCACACACUGAAAAAUUAGAGAAUGCGGGGCCAUUUUGAUAUUUUUUGUUUUCAAAACCAACACAAUAUUUAUUGUAACCCUUCGGUCUCCCCUCAAUGUUGGUGAAUAUUAAAGGUCCCAUGGACGCAAAAGGAUCAUUAAAAUGUUAAAAAUAAGUCAUAUAUUGAUGUAUUUAUUUACUUUUUACGCUUAAAUAUCUGUAUAUCAACUUCAGAUAUAUUCGUUGCCAUUACUUUUUUGUAAUAAUUCUUGGUUCUUCCUAUAGUCCAUGCUAAACACAGUCCACCUGGUCCAGACAAACAUGGUCAUGGUCAAGUCUUCAUGAAGGUGGGGGAGAGUCCAAGGAAUUUUAGUCCUGGUGGCUUUUGCACAACAAGGUCAUCAUAAGGGCCACACACUGAAAAAUGAGAGAAUGCGGGGUCAUUUUGAUAUUUUUUGUUUUCAAAACCAACACAAUAUUUAUUGUAACCCUUCGGUCUCCCCUCAAUGUUGGUGAAUAUUAAAGGUCCCAUGGACGCAAAAGGAUCAUUAAAAUGUUAAAAAUAAGUCAUAUAUUGAUGUUUUUAUUUACUUUUUACGCUUAAAUAUCUAUAUAUCAACUUCAGAUAUAUUCGUUGCCAUUACUUUUUUGUAAUAAUUCUUCGUUCUUCCUAUAGUCCAUGCUAAACAGAGUCCAUCUGGUCCAGACAAACAUGGUCAUGGUCAAGUCUUCAUGAAGGCGGGGGCGAGUCCAAGGAAUUUUAGUCUGGGUGGCUUUUGCACAACAAGGUCAUCAUAAGGGCCACACAUUGAAAAAAUGAAAGAAUGCCGGGGCCAUUUUGAUAUUUUUCAUUUUCAAAACCAACACGAUAUUUAUUGUAACCCUUAGGGCUGCCCUCAAUGUUGGUGAAUAUUAAAGGUCCCAUGGACGCAAAAGGAUCAUUAAAAUAUUAAAAAUAAGUCAUAUAUUGAUGUAUUUAUUUACUUUGUACGCUUAAAUAUCUAUAGAUCAACUUCAGAUAUAUUCGUUGCCAUUACUUUUUUGUAAUAAUUCUUGGUUCUUCCUAUAGUUCAUGCUAAACAAAGUCCAUCUGGUCCAGACAAACAUGGUCAUGGUCAAGUCUUCAUGAAGGUGGGGGCGACUCCAAGGAAUUUUAGUCCGGGUGGCUUUUGCACAACAAGGUCAUCAUAAGGGCCACACACUGAAAAAUGAGAGAAUGCGGGGCCAUUUUGAUAUUUUUUGUUUUCAAAACCAACACAAUAUUUAUUGUAACCCUUAGGUAUCCCCUCAAUGUUGGUGAAUAUUAAAGGUCCCAUGGACGCGAA